AUGGUCCCAUCAUGUUCUGGACCGCUACAGUCGGAAAAAAUUUUGGACGUAGAGAUGGACCAGCAAUAUAUGGACUUAGAUGAUGGAAAAAGAGAUAGUUUCCGUUACUGUCUCGAUGGCAUCAAAAUUCUCCAUGUUGGUCGACGAAUUAAAAUAAAACAAGAAAAUGGUGAAAUUAUUCGUGGAAAAGUCGAAUUGGUUUGUAAAAAUAAAUUAUUGGUAUCGAUAAAAGAUUCGGUUGAAUGGAUUGAUGUGGAUGCGGUUGUGGCUGAUAAUGAUAACGAAGUGGCGCCAAGUAUGGUGGAAGAAAAAAACAGUGGCAUGAAAAAUCGAAUAAAUAAACCUCUAACAGUUGAAGACCUCGCAGUUGGUUCGAGCAAUCCAGUGGAACUGAUAAAGAAAGGACAAUUCUUGGAAUUACAAGAUUCGCGUAAUCCUUGCAUUGUUCACAUCGCUGAAAUUUUAUUAAAUCGUGGUGGCUUAUUGACUCUCUACUAUAAUAACCGCGACGAAACUACUUUUUUUACGAAUGAAAGAUGUCAUGAAAUCGGUUGGGUUUCUAAGCAAGAACAAUGUUGUGAAUAUUCAACUGAAAGCAGUAAAUUGCUUGAUAAAGCGCGCUUAAACGCUGUACCUCAUUACGUUUUUGGUUUCACCAUAGUGCCUGAACAUAAGCUGGAGGAAGAGAUGAUGGUGGAAGUAUUGGACACGACAACAAAAGGAGGAAUUUUUUAUCCUGGUUAUAUCUCAGAAAUCCUCAAUCGCCACUAUUUUCGUGUUCGUAUUUCUCAGAAAAUCAACGGACCGGUACGUGAGAUUUUAUGCCAUCGUUGGUCUCCCUAUAUAUUUCCAGUUCAUUUCUGUGAACGACAAGCUUUGCGAUUAACUCCUCCGCAAGAUUAUGGAUUAGAGACUUUUACAUGGGAUAAUUACCGACAAAAAUGUAAUUUAUCGAAGGCUAGCGUGCCAGAAUUGCAGUUUGAUGUGCCAAAAGAAGUUAAUAUAUUUGAUAAAUUGCGCAAUAUCGAAGUAUUCGACGUGCGUCGUAACAUAAUGUAUCCAGCAAAAAUCGUUCGUUCAUUGGGUCAUCUGAUUUGGAUCCAUAAAUGCCAUAUUAGAAAUGCAUCAGCCCCAACAGUUCUCUCAACAAAGUCGCACCUUAUCUUUCCUUGCAAAUUUGCCGAAAAAAAUGCUAUACCAAUGGAGCAUGCAGUUUCAUAUUUCAAUAUUAGUGAAACAACAGAAGAAGAUCGCUUAAAAAUGAAAGCCGAUUUUACAUGUACUAGAAUACCAACUUUUGCCGAUACUGACAAACGUUUUAUAUCAAAAGUUUGGAUCGAAGGAGACUUAUGGAUGCCGGAAAUUUUUGUCAAGAGAACCUGUUUUCCUGGACCAUUUAUUGAUCCGGAGAAUUAUGCGCCUGGUCCUAUGCCAUUAAUCAUGAAAGUUAUUGUUGCUGAUCUCAUAUGUGCAGCUUAUGAUCCGAAAACAUUAUGUGAAUUAAUAUCAUGUAAUAGAGAUUUGCAAAAACCUUAUAUGACCAUAAAAGCUCGACGUAAAGUGAAAUCGUAUAAUGUACGAUUGGAGUCGUGUGAACGAAAGACAGAAUUUUGUGGUUGGCUUCGUGGUGUAUGUUUUCUUCUUGAUGCAUGUCCCGAAAUUUAUUCUGUUGUUAAAGAUGAUGUUUGUCAUUCAGACUGCGGUGAAUUUCGCAACCAACCGUCUAUGAAUUUUCAUAAAAAUAUUUGGACUUUUGCAAUGAAUAUUCCAACAGCGAAAAAUUUAACGAGGUUACGUCGACUGGGAAAAGAUACAAAUGUUGUUGCUACUAAUUUAACGAAUCAAUCUGUUCUAGGACGCAAGAGAAAAUUUUGUUCGAUCUACACUUCACAUGAACCGUCAACAUUAUCGGAGGCUUCAGUCAUUAAAAAGCGAUUGAAGAAGCAGCGGAAAUCUGUUCAUUCUAAAAUAAAAACCGAAACGGCAGAAAAAGAGAAUACCAUUCAACCAGUUUCUCAGUCGUUAGCUGAAGAAAAUGAGCAAGCUUCCCAGUCGAAUUUGCCGUCAGAUAAUCAGGAAUCAAACCAAUCUGCACCUACUCAAAAAUUAAAUAACGAAUUAUUAUUUGAAUCACAAAGUGUGACAUAUUUAGACACCUGCAAUUUACCAGAAGUGACGACCAAUCCAAAAAUGUGGUCCACACCGGAGCUUUUAGAAUGGAUUAAACAGACUCAUCUUUCUUUUAUCAGCGAUCGUCUCGAAAAAGAAGAAGUUGAUGGGGAAGCUUUUUUGUUAUUAUCUCUUACGGAGUGCAUGGGUGGUUUGCAGUUGAGGCUUGGUCCCGCACUAAAAGUUAUCGCCAUUGUAAAAGAACUGAACAAGAUUUAUCAAAGGAAUUUUGCAUAA